GGGAGCGGUCCCACACUGCGGUGAGACCUGCUGGUAAGUCCAGCCACUGGGCUGGCCACCCCCCAGCAGCCAAGAUGCUCCUGGGAUUUCCGAGAGGACGCAAGAGCCAGUUCAAAUACAUCAUCCAUGGCCUUCUCCCUGCAGCCAGCAUCGCUCCAAAGCCAGCUGUGCCCCGCACGCCUCCUCCCCGCAGCCCCAAUCCAUCUCCAGAGAGACCAAGAUCUGCGCUGGCUGCGGCCAUUCUGGCAACAACAUUGACUGGGCAGACUGUUGCCAUUCCACAGCCUCACCGGAGAUCCCGGUCUGAGAGUGACAGGACCUAUGUUGAAAAGGAAAAGGACAGCUUCAUCGAGCCCUAUGACACCACCUCAGAGCUGAAGCCUCGACCAGAUUGGCAGAGUGAGAUGAGAAGAAGAACUUCCUUACCAUCCUUUGAAAUGCUGGGCUAUGGGGAUGAAGAGGACGCUGAAACACCAUGGUCAUCCAGCUACAAGGAGUCGGGGGAUGUCAGUGCCCAGAAGGAAGAGGGAGGUGGCAGUGAUGCUGAGUAUGCUGGGCCACACAGAGAUCAGGUGCCAUUGUCACAUGGGGUAGACACUGACGAUGAUGAAAAUAUUUCUGAGCAAGAUGAGUUUCCAGGCUCACCUCUGAUACUACAGCAUACACAACAAAAAGAUAGUAAAUACUCUGUUCUGAAUUUAAAGGAUGAAAACGCUCCAUUAUGUGAAAAACCUCCACCCUCUCCAGAUAUAGCUGGUAGAGCACGUCAAAGAUGCAUAGAAAUAACCAAAGAAAAGUUUGAGGAAUUAAAAGAAGAAAAUUUGCUCCUAAACAAUAAGAACAAUCAAACCCUUACCCUUGAACUAAAACUAAUAAAACAAGCAAUGAAAGAACUACAAUUAAAACUUAAGCAAGUGGAAAAAGACAAUGGAAGGCUGAAAAAGGCUGAGAAAACAUCAUCUCAGGAAGGCACUACACCUGAAUUACUUUAUCUAAGAAAACAAGUUCAGGAACUGGUGGAUGAAAAUGAUGGGUUGAAAAUGAUUGUCCAUCGUUUGAAUGUAGAACUGAGUCGGUAUCAAACAAAAUUCAGGCAUUUGUCCAAGGAAGAGAGUUUAAAAAUUGAAGGCCUCCCAUCAAAGGGCCCUACACCACCCUGGUUGUUGGAUAUAAAGUACCUGUCCCCCUUGUUGCUGGCUUAUGAAGAUAGAAUGAAAGAGAAGGACGAGUUCAGUUGUACCCUUGAGGAGGAAAUGAGAAUGUUUAGGAUGCGAGUCCAAGAAGUGGUGAAAGAAAAUGAAGAAUUGCACCAAGAGUUAAAUAAGAGUAGUCCUGUUACCAGGGAGGAAUGGCAUCAGCUUCAGGCUCAAGCAGAACUGGUUUUAGAGGAAAACAAGUUGUUGAUAGAACAGUUGGAGAUUCAGCAAAUGAAAGCCAAGGACACCCACCAGGAGCAUCUCCAAGAAGUUUCUAAGCUGACGAAACAACUAAUGCUCCUGGAGACUAAAACCCAGGGCCAAGAAAAGGAGCUGAUGGAAAACAAGGAGCAGUUGGAGAGUUUACAUGCCAGGUGCCAAGAACUCAAAACACACUUGGACGGCAAAAUUACAAUGAAAGUUCAUACUUCGAUUGUAAAUGAAUUAAAAAGCCAGUUACAGAAGGAAGAAGAGAAAGGAAGUGCUGAGAUGGAAGAAUUGAUGGAAAAGUUGACAGUCCUGCAAGUGCAGAAGAAGAGCCUGCUUUUAGAGAAGAACAACUUGACAGCUCAAAACAAAGCACUGGAAGCUGAACUUGAAAGGACACAGAAAACAAAUAGGAAAUUGCAGAAGAAAAUUGAUGUCCUCAAAAAGCAGGUGGAAAAAGCCAUGGGGAAUGAAAUGUCUGCUCACCAGUACCUGGCAAACCUUGUUGGCCUGGCAGAGAAUAUAACCCAGGAACGUGACAGUCUUAUGUAUUUGGCUACAUGUUUGGAAAACGAGAAGCAUGGAGUUCUCAACAAGAUUGUAGAAGGUAAUAUUCGCUUGGGAAAGUUAGAGGAGAAAGUCAAGGGGUAUAAGAAACGGGCAGCACUGAAGCUGGGUCACAUCAGUCACCGUCUGCUGGAGCAGCAGGAGGACUUUGCUGGCAAGACAGCUCAGUACCGUCAGGAAAUGAGGUACCUCCAUCGGAUCCUGCAGGACAAGCAGGAGGUCCUGGACAAGGCACUGCAGCAGAAAAGAGAAAUGGAAGGUGAGCUUGAUGUUGUUUGGGAGUCUACUUCCAAGGAAAACCAAAGAAUCCGAGAACUUCUCCAGGCCACACUACAGAGGACAGGCGUGUGGGACAACACCAGAGCUUUUGAGGACCCCUGCCUCAAUGGCGUUCUUCAGGGAGACCCACUGGAUGGCUACAAUUUUAGCUACUGUGACGUGAAUCCUCCUGCCACUACCUACCAGUCUGAGGGAGCCCCUGGGUUAGACCACACAGCCUGAAAGGUCUGCCUUACACAGGCUGGGGAAAGGUAGCUUCUGUCCCCAGGAAGAUAGCCAACAGUGCCAAGGGGCAAUGCAGAAGCCCACCAAGUACUGCAGGCAAAGAAGAAAUAAACUAUCUCAGAAAUUUUUUUUUU